AUGACUCAGGACCAAAUCUCAAACGACGAUAGCGAUGAUUUGGGAGGUGGAUUCAUCAAAAAUGAUCCGGACAAAAGAACAAGGCGGAGAACGCGUAGAUCCGCAACUCCCAAACAGUAUGCGGAAGAUUCAGAGGCGGAAGAGCUUCCCAAGACACGUAAACGAACUACGCGUGUCAAGAGAGAACUAAUCAAUGUAGAUUCAGAGAGUGAUGAUGAUUUCAAACCUGAUCCCGAUGCAAACGGCGUAGAGGAAGAAGAAGACAAUAUCAAGGUUGAGGUUGACGACGAUGAUAUCGCGUUGAUCAGUGUAGUCAAGCCAGAAGAAGGUGACAGUGCUGCGAGGGCAAUCGCACUACUGGAACUGGAUGACCAAUUUUUGGAUGCAGAUCCUCCAAGUAAAAAGAGAAAGACGACGAAGGGAAAGCCCAGAGCGAAAAAGGCAGCCAAGCCUAAGGUGGCCAAAGUACCAUACUUCACAAGAGUCACAGAGAAGUUGUACAACCAGCACCCUGAGCUCAAAGAUGUCUUUCCCUACCUUCUGAGAUUAGAAACACUCAAAGUUGAAAGAGCCACGCAACCUGAGAACAUGAACGUGAAGCUUCUUCCUUUUCAACUCGAGGGUCUCGAUUGGCUUCUCAAGCAAGAGGAUGGAGAGUUCGGAGGCGGAGUGCUAGCGGAUGAGAUGGGUAUGGGUAAAACUAUUCAAACAAUUGCGCUUUUUAUGUCAGAUCGGAGUAAGCGUCCUAACUUGGUCGUUGGACCAACAGUCGCGCUUAUGCAAUGGAAGCAUGAGAUCGAGACUCAUACUAAGGAUGGUAUGCUCAAGGUUCUCCUAUUUCAUGGUGCCAAUAGAGCUUCUACAGCCAAAGAGCUCGAAGAGUACGAUGUCAUCCUUACGUCAUAUUCGGUGCUCGAGAGUGUGUUCAGAAAGGAAAGGUAUGGUUUCAAAAGAGUGAAUGGAUUGGUGAAACAAAAAUCUCCUUUGCAUGCGGUCAAUUUCUACAGAGUUGUUCUUGACGAAGCUCAUAAUAUCAAGGACAGAACUAGUGGUACGGCUAAAGCAGCCAAUGAAUUGAAAUGUCAAAAGCGCUGGUGUCUUUCAGGAACGCCACUUCAAAACAGAAUCGGUGAGAUUUACUCGCUCAUCAGAUUCUUGAAGCUAGAUCCUUUCUACAAAUAUUACUGUACUCAAUGUGAGUGCUCCUCAAGCGAGUGGAUGUUCUCAGACUGGAGACAUUGCGACCAAUGUGGUCAUUCACCCAUGAUGCAUACCAAUUUUUUUAAUCACUUCAUGUUGAAGAAUAUUCAGAAACAUGGCAUGACAGGAGACGGUUUGAUUUCAUUCCAAAAUCUCAGACUCCUAUUAAAGCAUGUUAUGCUUAGAAGAACAAAAAUUGAACGUGCAGACGACUUGGGUCUUCCUCCCAGAAUUGUCGAGAUUAGAAAAGAUUGUUUCAAUGCGGAAGAAAAAGACCUAUACCUGUCAUUGUACAGUGACUCAAAGAGAAAAUUCAAUGACUACGUGGCAGAGGGUGUUGUUUUAAACAACUAUGCCAACAUUUUCACCUUAAUCACUCGUAUGAGACAGUUGGCAGAUCACCCUGACUUGGUGUUGAAACGCAUAGGAGCAAAUUCUGUCGCACAAGAAGUUGAAGGUGUCAUCAUGUGUCAACUUUGUGACGAUGAAGCUGAGGAGCCUAUUGAGUCCAAAUGUCGGCACAGAUUCUGUAGAAUGUGUAUUCUGGAAUAUGUCGAGAGUUUUUCGGGUCUAGAUAAGAACCUACAAUGUCCCGUGUGCCACAUUGGAUUGUCAAUUGAUUUGCAACAACCUGCACUAGAAGUUGACGAAGAGUUGUUCUCUAAAGCUUCCAUUGUUAACAGAAUUAAACUAGGAACUCAUGGAGGUCAAUGGCGUUCAUCUACGAAAAUCGAGGCUUUGGUAGAGGAAUUGUACAAAUUACGAUCCGACCGCCACACAAUCAAAUCUAUCGUGUUUUCUCAAUUCACGUCCAUGCUUGACCUUAUCGAAUGGAGGCUAAAAGUUGCCGGAUUUGAGACUGUGAAGCUUCAGGGUUCAAUGCUGCCCCUUCAAAGAGACAACACAAUCAAACACUUUAUGGAAAACCCACAGGUUGAAAUAUUCCUUGUGUCAUUAAAAGCCGGUGGUGUCGCGCUUAAUUUGUGCGAGGCCUCGCAGGUCUUCUUGAUGGAUCCAUGGUGGAACCCAAGUGUCGAAUGGCAGUCGAUGGACCGUGUCCAUAGAAUUGGUCAAAAGAGACCCAUUCGUAUUACCAGGUUCUGUAUUUCGGACAGUAUAGAGCUGAAAAUCAUUGAGCUCCAAGAAAAAAAAGCAAACAUGAUCCAUGCAACUAUCAACCACGACGAUGCUGCGGUCAACCGGUUGACUCCAGACGAUCUCCAGUUUUUAUUCAUGAACUAA